GCUAUAAAAGGAGCGGCCGCGGCGGCGGUGCUGCAGGGUGCUUGGGCAGCGCUGGGUAGCGGUGGUGCGCCGCUAUGACUCUCGAGGAGACCCACGGGCAGGAGUCUGUGCCGGCGGGGCAUGACUGGGUGCAGGGCGCGGGCAAAGCGCUGCAGGAGCUACUGGUGUCGGCGCAGCGCCGCGGCUGCCUCACCGCCGGCGUCUACGAGUCGGCUAAGCUGAUGAACGUCGAUCCCGACAACGUGGCUUUCUGCGUGCUGGCCGCGGACGAGGAGGACGAGGGGGACAUCGCCCUACAGAUCCACUUCACCCUGAUCCAAGCCUUCUGCUGCGAGAACGACAUCGACAUCGUGCGGGUGACCGACGUGUCGAAGCUGGCUGUUAUCGUGGGGACCAGCGAGGAGUCCGGGGAGCCGCGGGAUCUCCACUGCAUCCUCAUCACGAACCCGAAUGAAGAUGGUUGGAAGGACCCAGCUCUAGAAAAGCUGAACUUGUUUUGUGAAGAGAGACGAAGUGUCAAUGACUGGGUGCCGACUAUCACCCUGCCUGAGUGAUGGUGACCCCAGUGCACUGGGGUGGAUGAAACCUUUGUUGCAUUCCCGAUGUGGCGUGGGUUCACUGAAGUGUGCAACAAGCUGCUGAUUCCAUGGAUUAGCCUGGUCAAGAGACUGGAUUAAAGUCACUCAGACUGGCAUGCAGUGGGCUCUUACGGAGGAGAAAGAAGAACAGCUCGCCUUGCUGGUGAGCCUCUGCAGGCUGCAACCAUGGAGAGGUUGAUAUACCAUGGAACUGAAAGAAAUAUUGCAGGUUUCCUGGUCAAGUGGAGCUGUUUCAGAAGGCACAGAGAAAGUUGGAAAGCGGGCCAAAACUUUUCAGGAGGACUGGACAGAGUACUGUAACUAGGAACUGUUGGUACUGUCUACAGAACACAGAAGAAAAUAACAAUAUUUGAUGGACUGCUAGGGACUGGUCACUAA